CUCGCCUCUCCUGCCUUCCAUCCACCCUCUCUUGCAACUGGAAAAGUUGCUCGAUCCUCUCCAUCGCCCUGUCUCUAUGGUCUCCCUCUCCACCAUAGCUUGACACAUCUUUCUUCUGCUCCCCUACCAUCGUGGUCGGCACAGAUGCAACGCGAGAAGUGUG